UCCGCGGUCGCGCGCCGGGCCUCCGUCGUCGCGAGAAGUCGUUGGGGGCGUCUGCACGGACAAACGGAAGUGUUGGUGACGGUCUGAGACAUCACCGCCAAGCUGGGAACCGGGGAGAUGGCCGAGACUGACCCCAAGACCAUGCAGGAUCUCACCUCGGUGGUGCAGACGCUCCUGCAACAGAUGCAAGAUAAAUUUCAGACCAUGUCCGAUCAGAUCAUCGGGAGAAUUGAUGACAUGAGCAGUCGCAUUGAUGACCUGGAGAAAAACAUUGCAGACCUCAUGACGCAGGCUGGGGUGGAAGAACUGGAAGGUGAAAACAAGAUACCUGCUACACAAAAGAGUUGAAGGUGAGGGAAGGGACAGUGUUGCUAAUUUACACUGAAAUCUGGAACAUUGUUUUUACAAGCCAAGAGAAGACCGAGUGGCUUUUUGCAACUAACUACUAUGUGUAGACAGGUUUUAUAUUAUAAAGUGUGCGUUAUUCUUAUCACAUACUAUAUAGUUAGUUAAUUGAGUGAUUUUCCCCCGUUUCUUGAACAUGGUAACUUCACAUCUUGGACCUUGGUCAGUUGUGCUAUUAAAUAUUAAACACUAAAACUUUGGCGGUUCCUGCAUAAAAUUAUCAAAUAUUUUAGUGUAUUUCUGUGAAGUCAUUUUUUUUCUAUCAUUCCUUUUAUAGUAGUUGCUGUUUGAUAAAAGUUGCUGUGUAAUUUUUUUCUAUUAGACAUGUAGUAGACCCUUGUGUUAUAAUUAGACUUUGUGAAGUAAGACAUAGAGAGAGUUCAGAGUUCUUUAAUUCUCAACACGGAGUGACUAUUGAGCUAACACCAGAGUGUGUGUUGGUGAUACUUUUCAAAUAGCUAAAAACAUUUAAAAAUUGUUUAUCCAGAAAUACCUGGCACUACCUUGUCGCCAAAACUCAGACUUGAACUGUACUUUUAUGUCUAAGUCCCUGAAGUCAGAUGCUAAAGUAAUGAAGAGUAACCACUGCCACUUUAGUGUGAGAAUUUUUCAAAAUUCGGGAAAUGACAGAAUUGCCUAAUGUAAUGAGGCAUUCGUUAGUUAGAGUUGCAUGAAAUUUGACUACUUCCGUAGGACCUUACAUUGUUCAUCUACAAUAGUUACCAUAGAAAAUCUGGCAGGAUUUUAAAACUCAGUUACUCCAUCUUUUCUUUGAGCUACUAAAUGGGAAAUAAACAGAAAAGAAGAGAGACUAUGUACUAAGUCUGUGCCAGUUGCUUCGCCAGAAAAUAAUAAAUGACUUGUAGUAGGUUCAAGUUUUUAAGGAAUACUGUUUCUUAAACUAUUUCUUUCCUAAAUUCUUGCAGAAAAAUGGUUUUAUUAUUGAUUAUAGACGACAGGGAUGAUAAUUCUUGCCACUCAGAAAUGCAGUGUCAGGAGUGCUAGGCCUAGAGGCCAGUAUUGACUGUGAAGAAGAUGAGAUCCAUGUGAUUGUCACAGCAAAGUGAUUUUGUACAGAAAAGAUUGAAGAAUGGUAUAGUACUUCAGAGAGGAGAACCCUUAAUGAGCACAGUACGAUUUUUUGCUGUUUCCUAUAUUGCCAGUCCUGAUUGUAUUGCAGAAACAUAAUAAUAAGAAAUAACUUGUCCUAUUUAGAAAUUGUAUGGGGAUCACAAAGGAGUAAAUUUCUUCUGUGAUAAAAUGAUUUAACCACUGUUAUGACCCACCUGCAGAAGCUCCUUUGAUGGGCCAGUAGGUCAUGCUGCAAUAUUUAGCCCUAAAAGCCCCAGAUCCACUGGACUCUUAACUAACCAGAUGAAACCGGUGAGGUAGAUGUAUUCAAGCCUAGUAAAUGGCAACUGGAAAUGAUACCACCACUUGGCAAUACAGCACUGGGAAGGUUAGUUGGAAUUGAGGAGUUUCCUUAAGUGAUGGAAAGAUUUCCGAGGCUAGCUCCCCUGACCAAAAAUACCUGCAAUGAAUAAAGGUGCCUGAAGUCCUGCUAUUGAAGUUUC